AUGGACCUUUGCAUCGAUUGCCAGGCCAAUCAAGUGUCUGCUACUUCAGAAGAGUGCAAUGCUGCAUGGGGCAUUUGUAACCAUGCAUUUCACUUCCACUGCAUUGCACGCUGGCUGAAGACGAGAAACGUGUGCCCUCUAGAUAAUAGGGAGUGGGAGAUGCAGAAGUACGGUCGAUGAUUGGAACAAGGCUCCGGCGCCUAUUUCUUUCCUCCCUUACACACG